AACUAAUAUCUAUAAACAAGGAUUAAAAUAGGAUUUUUUUCUUGACAACUUAAUAAAAAUAAAAUUACCCAAAGCAACCCAUCCUACCGAUUGACAAAUUUGGUAAAGUUAUUUUUAUAGAGAUAUUUCAAGAAAAAGAACAUGGAAAAAGAAUCAAACAAUACAACGGCGCAAAUAGAAACCACCACAAAACCCAAAGUAUGCCCGGAAGCUGAAUUUGUGGAUGAUGUUGAUGCUUACAUGUCGAAAACAGAAAACAACAAUAGUGUGGAUGUUGUUUUACGAAGAUUCGACGAACAACAUGCUAAAUACAAGUUUAUGGAAGCUAAUUUAUUGAUGAAACGAAAAAAAUUAGAGGUGCAAAUGCCAACGUUGAAAAAAACACUCGAAAUUUUACAGAAAUUAAAAGAACAAAAAGAUGACUUUGAAACGGAAUACUUAAUGAGCGAUUUGGUGUUUGUAAAAGCGGUGGUUCCUCCAACAAAAACCGUUUGUCUUUGGUUGGGGGCGAACGUAAUGCUUGAAUAUAGCAUCGAAGAUGCGGAAGCUUUAGUUUCAAAAAAUAUCGAAACCGCCAAAACCCACAUGGAACAAGUUGCUGAAGAUUUGGAUUAUUUAAGGGAUCAAACAACGGUUACGGAGGUGAAUAUGGCGAGAGUUUUUAAUUGGGACAUAAAACGUAGACAGUCGGGGGCGAAGAAAUAAAACAUGAUUUUUUUGUACGAUUUUGCCGUUUUUUUUUUAUUGAAUAAUCUUUCUUUUUCUUGUAAGGCACUCAAUAAGUAUUAAAAAUCCUUUUACACUUUAAAAAGAAAGAUAAAAAUAAAUAAUAAUAACAUGCUUUAAACAAAGCCGUUUUAUUUGUGUCAAUAAUAAUAAUAAUAAGAAGAAAUAUUAACAAAAACAAAAAAUAUAUGCUGAUUAAAAAAAAA